UUCUCGAGAUCUUUUCGCAGAAUUCGCGAAAGACGCACGUAAAAAUAAUUUUCGACAUGUAUAUUUAAGAAAAAGCGUUACAUAAACAUAUCAAUCGCAACACUCGCACGGCGCGAAGCGACGUUCGUCGAUUUCGCGGGCGAUAUCGGGACAAGAUCAAGCGCUCGCGCCGGAUCCUCCUAUCCGUGCAUGUAUGUGCUGCUCGCCGGAUUGACACCGAACUCCCGAGUGCUCCCGUGAGAAAGUCCCGAAGCGGAUUCGAAAAUGCGCGAGGCAGCACGAGAAUAGUGCGGCGCACGGAAAAAAUUGGGUCGAUGCGCGAAAGAUGGCGGCCGUUGUGCGAUUCAUGUAAAAGGCAGUUUUAAUAAGAGAGGAUUUUCGUAUUUCGGAUUUUCUCGGAAAACAUGAAGGUGCCGCGUUAGGAUCGCGUCGGUCACACGUGCGUCGGAACGCGACCUUGUGUUCCAACGAACGCCGGAGACGAGAAUAUAAUCCGUUGCGGAUUUCGUAUCUCGUAUUUUUCCCCUCUCGAUUUUGCGGGGGUGUUAUCAUUUGUUUAUGAUAAGCGGCGGUAAAGAAGCCCUCUUUUUCCCUUUCUCUCUCUUACGGCUCGGUACGGUCGUACUCGCGCGAGCACACGGGUUUCCCGGGCCAGGUUACAGCGAACAGGUAACCGCGCGUAUUCGCGGUUCGCCGUACGCGACGCGAAGUGAAGUGCAGUGGUGAACAUACAUAAUAUACGGAGAACGGGGGGGAAAAAAAAAGAAAGGGACACACUCAACCGAAAGCGCGGAGACAACUCGCGCGGGACAGAGAGAGAGAGAGACUGGAGAUAAAGUGUUGCCGGACUUCGGCCCGGUGAGAAGAACUAGUAGAGAUGCUGAAGCAAUUGCAGAUGGGGAUGAGAGCUUUCCUCUUAAUGGCCUCCCGCGUGUGGACCUGCAUCUGUUUUCUACUCAAGAAGCAGGUUAGAGCCAUCUCACAAAUGCAACCAGUCAAAUAUGAAAUCUUCCCACUUUCACCUUUAUCUAGACACAGACUUAGUAUAGUUAAAAGAAAAGUAUUAGUAUUGGAUUUAGACGAAACCUUAAUUCAUUCUCAUCACGAUGGAGUGGCGAGGCCAACUGUCAGGCCCGGUACACCUCCAGAUUUUGUUCUUAAAGUGACAAUUGACAGACAUCCUGUUAGAUUUUUUGUCCACAAGAGACCACACGUAGAUUUCUUUUUGGAUAUUGUCAGCCAGUGGUAUGAACUUGUAGUCUUUACUGCAUCCAUGGAAAUUUAUGGGGCAGCAGUUGCAGACAAAUUAGAUAACAACAGGGGUAUCUUAAGACGCAGAUAUUAUAGACAACAUUGUACACCAGAAAUGGGUUCUUAUACUAAGGACUUGUCGGCAAUUUGUGCAGAUCUCUCUUCGGUCUUUAUUCUCGAUAACAGUCCAGGAGCAUACAGAGCUUAUCCACAUAACGCAAUACCAAUAAAGUCAUGGUUCAGUGAUGCGGGAGACACCGCUUUAUUAAGUUUACUCCCGGUCUUGGAUGCUCUUCGUUUCACGCAAGACGUACGAUCUGUUCUUUCGAGAAAUUUACACUUACAUCAUACUUGGUAGCACAGCCGGGAUUAAGCGAUUCAGUAGAUAUCUAGAGACGAAACUGUUAGCAGUUUCGGUUAAUGUGUCUAGCCUAAGGAUUAUUAUUGUUAUCAAUAAUAGGUCAACAUUAGGUCGCUACCCAUGAAAGGAGGGAGAGAUUCUCCUUCCUCAGUCCUUGUUUUUUCGAUACUCGAGUGAACAGCGACGAGUUAACAUAAUGAAAGAAGUGUGGUAUUCAGCCAAUAAUUAUGUCAGCACAAAACAUCCUAGGAUAAUUUUUAUGUCGCACACUAGGUUGCGUAUUGAAACAGUUUUUGGUGCGCGCGUAUUCGCAGUGCUGUAUUUUACAGUAAAUGAUCUCUCGAUUAUUUCUUCUUACGUUCUUCGUGAAACAGUUAAACCCCCAUACAAUUUGUUACGGAAGUUAGAAAGUAUCUUUCUUUGGCUACCUGCCGCCAAACCGACUAUUGAGUACGACUUCAAUCGAUUUAAGCUGAGUUCGGAUUUUUGAAAGCUUACGCGUCAAUCUCUUGCUCAUCAAAUAUAAAACAAAUAUAGAUUGACGCUCUGAAACUCAGUCAUAAUUGUGAUGAAUGUCUAUGUUCUAGGGUUGUAUCAUCCAACGUUUGUUGUUAAACAUUAUUGUGCAAAUUAAAAAACUUUUUUAAAAAAGCAACAACAAGAUAAUUCUGAAGACCACAGUCGUACGUAGUGUGUUUUGCGGCAGAGACAGCUGUAGCCAAACAGGUUAAUUACGAUUAAUCGAUAAAAUUUGAUGUGCGAGCGCAGUGAAGACUUACUUGAUGCGUCCUAGGUGUACAGUCCAUGUGUGAAAUAAUUAAAUUCAGAAUUCUUUUAUUUUGUUUUUUUAUUACAUAAGUUUUUGCCAAAGAGACCACAAGAUUUAAUGGAAAAUAAGAGUAGAGCUCGGAAUACUCAGGUACCUGGACACGUCCGCUCGCUCGUAUUGCACAAGUAGAACGGGUAUUUCGUUCAACAAAAAUUAUACGAGCAGGUCAAUGAUCCUCGUACGGUGUCCGCGUACGGCGCCAGUACUCCUCGCGUGCAAUAGAUUUUAAUUUACAGACGAACGGGCGGUUGUAUCCGUAUAUAUACAUAUGUUGUUGUUUGGUUCCUUUUCCGAGCCCUAGAAAUAUAUAAGAUAGAACUGUGCUGAACCAGGCAGGAUAUUUCAUUUUAAGUAAGGAUUACAUCUCUUGAAGAGUUUUUUUUUUUUGUUUUUUUGUUUUUUUGUUUUUUUUAUUUAUAUACAUAUUUUGGUAAAACACCAUGGCAAGAUGAUCGAAAUGUGAGAACACUUUCGUUAUUAUUGUAUAUUAUUAACCUAGGAUGUGUAAAUAUAUAGAGAAAUAUGUACUAAGUCAAACGGGUUUUGCUGUAACUCACUGUAUCAGUGAGGCAGCUGUAUCCUGGUUAUAUCUGCUAGAAAAAAAAAGAAGUAUUACUAUAUGAAAUCAGGAAAGAGAGAUAAGAGUGGCAACCAGAGAUGCCAG